AUGGCAGCAAAGGGUAACGUAACAGAGAUGGAGCGCAUCUUCGAGACCGACCCUGACCGCAUGAGCGUGAGAGACAGCAAGGGAUGGACGCCGCUGCACCACGCCGCCGCCAACAACCAGAUCUGCGCCUUGCACUUCCUCAUCAACCACGGGGCAGACUUGAACGCACAGGACAAGCAGGGCCGGACGCCGUUGCACAUUGCAGCGGAGAGGGAAGCCUUGCAAGCGGUCGACAGUUUGCUGGAUUGCGGCGCCGAUUCCUCAGUCACGGACCUGCAAGGAGACACUGUUCUCCACUGGGUUGUGAACUUUAACAAGUUAACAGUCCUGCAACGCCUCCUGACCCACGAACACAAGGUGAAUAUCCUGCAAGGGGACAGGCGAGGGAGAACUGCACUCCAUAUUGCUGCUAAACAUGACUACGACUUGUGCGCUAAAUAUAUAGUAAGUGCUUGGUUAUGUUGUCCCAACCAGCCCUGCAGCAAUGGCUACCACCCCAUCCACAUCGCCGCCCGAAACGCCUCUACGAAGGUCCUGGAAGUUCUCCUGACGUGGGCGGAGUCGCGUGGGUGCAUGAGGAAGAAGAUGAUUACUGUGCCUGACUUGGAGGGCAAUGUUCCCCUCCACCAGGCAGUGCAUGGAGGCGAGAUUAAGGCGGUUGAGCUGUGUAUGAAGAGCGGUGCAAUUAUUUCAACGCAACAGGAUGACAGAUCAACGCCAGUGCAUCUUGCCUGCUCUCAGGGCGCCAACGAAAUUGUGAAGCUCAUGUUUUCGCUUCAGCCUGAUGAGAAAUUAAAAGCCCUGAGCACCCUGGACGCCCAGGGCAUGACGCCCCUUCACUGCGCAGCCAUGUUCGACCACCCGGAGCUCGUCGCUUAUCUCAUAGAGGAGGGCGCGGAAGUAGACCAAGUGGACCAGGAGCACCGGUCUCCCCUCCUGCUGGCGGCGUCGCGGAGGGGGUGGCGGACCGUCGACGCCCUCCUCGCCCACGGCGCCAACCCCACCAUCCGCGACUCCCACCUGAAGAACCUGCUGCACGUCGUCAUCAUGAACGGCGGCUCCAUCAGCGACGCAGCCCCUAACCCGCCCGCCUUCCGCCAGAGCACAAGCAGCAUUACGAUGAUGCUGAACGAGCAGGACUCGAUGGGCUGGUCCCCCCUGCACUACGCCUCCCGCAGCGGCCACAUCUGCUCGCUGUCGUCGCUCCUGCAGCUCGGGGCCAGCGUCAGGACCAAGGACAAGAGGAACGAGAGUCCGCUGCACUUCGCGGCCAAGUACGGCCGCUACAACACCGUCCGCCAACUCGUGGAGUCUAAGUCGGGCUUCCUGAUCCUGAACGAGUGCAACGACGAAGGCAAAACUGCGCUUCAUAUCGCUAGUGAAGAAGGUCACACCCGCGUAGUCCAGCUACUGCUGAGCAAGGGCGCCCUGCUGCACCGCGACCACCACGGCAGGACCCCGCUGCACUUGGCGGCUCUCGGGGGGCACAGGGACACCAUCAGCGCCAUCCUCACCAUCCACAGCCACACGCUCGAUCAGACGGAUAAGGAAGGGAACACCGCCCUCCACGUGGCUGUGCGGGCCAACAAACCGGAGACGGUCAGUCAGCUGAUGAGCCUCAACUGCAAAUUUCUCGAGAACAUUUCCUCUUGCAAGCCGAUUGACAUUGCAAUUCAAUACAAACUUUCUGAGUCUGCUUUGGCGCUUGUCACUCACGACAGAGGCCCCAGCGAGGUGUUAGGAACGUCCAGCAAGAUUCACGGUUGCAUUUGCAUGGCCCUCAUUCGCACGCUGCCGAAGGUGUUCGAGUCGGUUCUGUACCAAGCCAUAGUCAAGGCAGACGUCAAGGAGCAGGCCAAGGAUUUCUAUAUCAAGUACAACUUCUACCCUCUGCAACUGACCCCGGAGCAACUCGACGCCGAGAAGAUCAAGCAGAAGAACCCGAAAUUUCGACCCGAGCCUCUGUACGCUUGCAACGCGAUGGUGGAGUCCGGUCGGGUGGAGCUCCUGAUGCAUCCACUGACCCAGAAGUUCCUCGAGAUGAAGUGGCAGGCGUAUGGCAAGUACAUCCACCUGUCAAACCUGUUCGUGUACCUUGUGUUCCUGGCGCUGGUGACGAUCUUCGCCGUCGGGGUGCUCGGCCAGCAGAGCUUCGUCAUGUCGAACAUCACGAGGGUCGCUGUGGAUAAUGCGUCCGAUUUCAUGACGUCGGGACACUUUCAGUUGCAUAUCGAAGACACGCCUGGCUGGAUGUACUGCAUGGCCAUCGGAAUAACCGUGUUCGCCGUGAUGAGUAUGCUGAAAGAGGCAUUCCAGAUAUACUACCAUCGGCUAAAGUACCUGGCAGAGCCGAUCAACUUCGUGGAGUGGACGAUGUUUCUAGCGUCGAUCUGUAUGGUGAUGCCCGUGUUCUUGGGCGCCACUUGGCACAACCAGCAGUACAACUCGGCCGCGCUCGCUGUCUUCUGCUCGUGGUUCAUACUGCUCAUUUACUUUCAGAGAUUUGACCGGAUUGGGAUAUACAUCGUGAUGUUCCUUGAGAUCCUGAACACACUCAUAAAUGUUCUUCUUGUGUUCUCUGUUCUUAUCGUCGCCUUUGGACUUGCCUUCUAUAUCCUGAUGUCACAUGUAAGCCAGCUCUCCUUCUCGAACGUGCCGAUGUCGAUGCUCCACACCUUCUCCAUGAUGCUCGGGGAGGUCGACUUCCUGACCAUCUUCGUCUACCCGUUCUACCACGAGAGCACCCGGGGGGACACCCUGCUCUUCCCCCGCACCACGUUCGCCCUUCUGGUUAUCUUCAUGAUCCUGAUGCCAAUCCUGCUCAUGAAUCUGCUCAUCGGUCUGGCCGUCGGGGACAUCGAGAGCGUGAGGAAGAACGCGCAGCUCAAGAGGAUCGCCAUGCAGGUCGAAAUGCACACGGAACUGGAGAACAAACUGCCUGAAAUGAUCAUCCGGCGAGUGAACAAAAGUGAACUGGUGAUCUACCCGAACUGCAGGAAAGGAACGCACCUGGUGAACAGGAUCCUCAGCGCAUUCAACUUCGCGUGUCCGUUCAGCGACAGGAAAGGGACGGAGCUGGAGUGCGCAGACUCCCAGGGCGACGACUACCUGUGGGAGGAGCUGGAGGGGCAGAGGCGGAGGCUGAGGGACAUUUCGGCGGUCCUCGACACCCAGACGAAGCUCCUGCGUCUUAUCAUGCAGAAAAUGGAAAUCAGAAGUGAGGCCGAUGACGUGGACGAGGGAGUGAAUCUGGAGGACAUCAUGAAGCCGUCUCCCAACCGCAAGUUCGCCCCGUCUUCGGCCACUUCCAGGCGCGCCAUCUUGUACAGGAAGGAGUGAAACAGAGACGCAGACGGAUGCGUGAUUGCG